AUGUCAACUUCCGUGCUCCGCAUCAUCCACCCUCUUCGCACCAUCACAUCCUCGCUGCUCGACCCGCGCACACCUUCCGCCAAUAUGGCGCCCUCGCUCAACCUGCCUGCACCCGCCCAUGGCACCGACAACACGCUCGCCUCGGCAUCCGCUCCCUCCACUUCCAAAUUCGCCUCCACCGGCGGCAUCAUCUACCCGCCCCCCGAGCUGCGCAGGACCAUCGACAAGGCAGCCGAGCUCAUUGCAAAGAAGGAUCCGUCGUUCGAGGCCAACAUCAAGACCGCAGAGAGCAACAAUCCCAAAUUCGCCUUCCUCAAGGAAGAUGAUGCCUACCACCCCUACUAUGCCUCCCGUCGUGAUGCCGUCCGCCGCGGCGAGACACUAACGCCCGUUGCUGCUGAUGCAUCGGACAAUGCGUCUCAACUACAGGCACAGUCGGAUACAGGACCUUCUGGCUCGACGAAUCCUACUGCUUCCUCAUCCAGCCAAGCUCCAGCCGAGCCCGAGCCAUUCGAGUUCUCGGCAGAUCUGCCCAACAUCACCGCGGUGGACCUCGAUGUGCUCAAGCUCACCGCCCUCUUCACCGCACGCAAAGGUCGCUCUUUUGCCACAUCCCUUCUCGCUCGCGAGUCGAAAUCGUACCAGUUUGAGUUCCUUCGCCCAAGCCACUCGCUGUUCACCUACUUCAACUACCUCGUCGAGCAGUAUCAAAAGGUCAUCUCGCCAUCGCCAGCGCUUCUCGACCGCGUCAAGCUCGGCGCGUACGGCACAACAGACCCCGAAGCCUUCAGUCAACAACGCUCCAAGCCUGCGCUGGGUGCCGGCAGAGGCGGAGCUCGGCCUGCAUUGCUCGAGCAGGUCAAGGCGCGCGCCGAGUGGGAGAAGCACGCGCAUGAGCGGCGCAAGAAGCACGACGAGGACGAGGAGAAGCAGCGCCAGGCGUUCAACGAGAUCGACUGGCAAGACUUUGUCGUCGUCGGCACCGUGGAGCUCUCGGAGACCGACCAGCACAUUGACCUACCCGCACCGCGAUCGCUGCGCGAGAUGGAGUCCAUGACGCUCGCGCAGAAGAAGAUGGCCAGCAUGAUCAUGGAGACCACCGACACUGCCGCAGACGAAGACGUGGAGGAGCUCGUCAUGCCCGGUCGGCCUUCGUCCUCUGCCGAACCGUCCGCUCCGGUGGUCGAGGAAGUGCAGGCGGGUCGGGGUGGUACGAUCAAGGUGCGCAAGGACUAUGUUCCGCGCGGACUUGCGUCGCGUGCCAAGCCGAGCGGCAGCGCAGCCAUGACCAAGUGUCCCGUGUGCGGCGACGAGGUGGUGAUCGACGAGAUGGCCGAGCAUGUGCGCUUUGAGCUGCUCAACCCGGCGUAUCGCGAGCAGCGUCAGCAGCUCGAAGCCAAAAAGGCGCAGCAAGCCACACUCCAGGCAGGUGCCGACCCGACGUACUACCUCAAGCAGCUCGCCUCGGCACGCACCGACGAGGACGAGCAGGCGCGUCUCCAGCGCGAGGCCGAAGAGAGGCGUCUCGCCAAGGAGAAGGAAAAGAUCAUCUGGGACGGUCAUGCCAAGUCGCGCAACGCGGCUCGCGAGAUGCUCGCCAAGAACGUCGGGCUCGAAAACGAGAUGAACAGGCUCUCGGGAAGGCCUCAGGUGGUUCUGCCCGAGUAUGGCCCGAGCAUCCCCGGUGCGCAAGGCGCAGAGGCUGAUGGCGCGGAUCCAAGCGACGACCAUCCGAUUCAGCUUGCUGACAGCGGAGCCUCGCUUCCCGCUCGACCCACCACGCUCCAAGACGCCGUCCCGGUCAGUGCAGGUGUCAAGCGACCUGCCGAGACAGAGCUGUCGCCACCACCACCGCCGUCUGCGCCGCAAGCUUCCGCAAGCACACUGGCCAAGAAGUCGGAUGGCUCGCUGCAUCCCGAAAAGACGUGGCUCGAAGCACACGCUCAUCCCACCGUGACACUCCGGCUGGCACUUUCCGACGGCAGGGAGGAGGCGUACGAGGCUGCACUCAAAUCCACUAUUGCCACGCUGCGCGACUACGUGCACCAGGACGUGCUCGGCAGCGCCAUCGCAGCCAGCAAGAUCAAGAUCAAGGUCAACGGUAAGCCCGCCACGCUCAAGCAGACGCUGGCGUAUUGGAACCUUACCAACGGCGAUACUGUCACUGCUGAUGUUGCCAGAUAG